AUCAAAAUUUCUGCUCAUAACAACUCAUUUUCACGCAAGAAUCACGAGGAAUAUGAUCGAUCUAUCUGUGUUAUUAUUUUAUACAGUAUAAAAUCCAUCUCCUGGAGCCUUUCUAACUUGCAGUUGCCUCAGCCUUUUCCUUUACCUUCACCUUAGCAAACUCUUAGGCAUGCAAAGAAUGGAAAAGAAAGGCAAUAGAUGCCCCAUCGAAGUGUGUGAGAAGAUGUGUAGAACAGUCAUGAUCUCUCCUGCCUCCCAAACCAUUCGUCGCAUCUCUGCUCGCCUACACUCUAGGCCUGAAAACACCAUUGAUAUGAUCCAGUCCAAACCCAAUUCUUCAAAACCCAAAGCAAAGAGAACUAGGCAAGCAACUGAAGCUGUUAAAAUCCAAUAUGAUUACUCAAGCCUAUCUCCUCCAAAUGAGAAACCCAAGUCAUCAUCAGCUACUCCAUUUGAGCUCAUUCAGAAGAAAUCCCAUGGAGCUGAAGUUACUGUCAAACCUGAACCUACAGCAGAAAAUACAAUUCAUGGUCAAGGAGCUAAGGCUAAACCUGAAAAAGUUGUCAAACCAUCUCAUGUCACCAUUGAACAUGAGAAAUCAGGAGUCCACAUUGAAGAUAGAUUUACUGACUUUAUCAAACGCGUAAAGAUUAAGAUUGGAACUGUGUCACAUCCUGGUGAAGAAAAGAAUGCUUCAGGAAAAGGUAACUUGGAUAAUACUUCAGGAAAGGAUAAGUUCUCUGAUUACAUUGAUCGUACAAAGCAUAAGCUCAAAACGACAUUAAGCCUUGCUGGUGGAAAGAGCAAGUCUUUCAAGUGAAGAGAGAUAGAGGCUAUGCCUAUGAACUAAUUUCAAUUAAAAGGUAAUUUGAUGAAUAAAGAUUGUUUCUAUUUCAGGAUUUGUGAUACAUAAUACUUUUAUUAUGGAUCAAAUAAUUGUCAAGUAUCUUCCUUUUUUUAUUGUUUUUUUCAUUAAAAAUAUUGCUGUCUGUAUUAAAAUCCUUAAUUGUAAGGUUUAUAUUUGGAUUGAUGAAAUUAUUAUUUAUUUUUA